CCCGGGUCAGGCCGGCUGGCUGCAGGAGGCGCGGCUGGGGGCGCCGGCCUGGCCGUCCCGGGAGGCCUCCGGGAGCAGCGGGGCCUGGAGAUCGAGAUGGAGCGCAUCCGGCAGGCGGCUGCGCGGGACCCCCCGGCCGGAGCCUCGGCCUCCCCUUCUCCUCCGCUCUCGUCGUGCUCCAGGCAGGCGUGGAGCCGCGAUAACCCGGGCUUCGAGGCCGAGGAGGACGACGACGACGACGAGGUGGAAGGGGAGGAAGGAGGGAUGGUGGUGGAGAUGGACGUGGAGUGGCGCCCGGGCAGCCGCAGGUCGGCCUCCUCCUCGGCCGUGAGCUCGGCAGGCGCCCGCGGCCGGGCGCUGGGGAGUUACCGGGGCGCCGGGCAUCCGAGCGGGAGGAGGCGCCGGCUAGAGGACCAGGGCGCGCCGUGUCCCAGCCCCGCAGGCGGCGGGGACCCGCUGCAUCGCCACCUCCCCCUGGACGGGCAGCCGCCCCGAGUGGCCUGGGCCGAGAGGCUGGUGCGCGGGCUGCGAGGUCUCUGGGGAACAAGACUCAUGGAAGAGAGCAACACUAACCGAGAGAAAUAUCUGAAAAGUGUGUUACGGGAACUGGUCACGUACCUCCUUUUUCUCAUAGUCUUGUGCAUCUUGACCUAUGGCAUGAUGAGUUCCAAUGUGUACUACUACACGCGGACAUUGUCACAGCUUUUCAUAGACACCCCAGUGUCUAAAACAGAGAAGACUAACUUUAAAACUCUUUCUUCGAUGGAGGACUUCUGGAAGUUCACAGAAGGCGCCUUCCUGGAUGGGCUGUACUGGAAGGCACAGACUGGGAACCACACACUAGCUGAUAACCGAAGCUUCAUUUUCUAUGAGAACCUGCUGCUCGGAGUGCCUCGUCUGCGCCAACUCAGAGUCAGAAACGGAUCCUGCUCCAUUCCUCAGGACUUGAGAGAUGAAAUUAAAGAGUGCUAUGAUGUCUACUCUGUCAGCAGUGAGGACAGGGCUCCAUUUGGACCGCGAAACGGAACUGCGUGGGUCUACACGAGUGAAAAGGACUUGAAUGGGAGCAGCCACUGGGGAAUCAUUGCCACGUACAGUGGAGCAGGCUAUUACUUGGAUCUUUCCAGAACCAGGGAGGAAACAGCUGCUCAGAUUGCUGGCCUCAGGAGAAACUUCUGGCUGGACCGGGGGACCCGAGCAACUUUCAUUGACUUUUCAGUGUACAACGCGAACAUUAACCUGUUCUGUGUGGUCAGGUUAUUGGUUGAAUUCCCAGCCACAGGCGGCGUGGUGCCCUCUUGGCAGUUCCAGCCUGUAAAACUGAUCCGCUACGUCACAGCUUUUGAUUUCUUCCUGGCAGCCUGUGAGAUUAUCUUCUGUUUCUUUAUCCUUUACUAUGUGGUGGAAGAGAUACUGGAGAUUCGGAUUCACAGACUACACUAUUUCAGGAGUUUCUGGAAUUGUCUGGAUGUUGUGAUUGUUGUGUUAUCUGUAAUAGCUGUGGUAGUUAACAUUUACCGACUGUCAAAUGGAGAGGGUCUGCUGCAGUUUCUCGAAGAUCGAAGCACUUUCCCCAACUUCGAGCAUGUGGCAUACUGGCAAAUACAGUUCAACAAUAUAGCUGCUGUCAUGGUGUUUUUGGUCUGGAUCAAGCUCUUCAAAUUCAUCAACUUUAACAGGACUAUGAGCCAGCUUUCCACAACCGUGUCCAGAUGUGCCAAAGACCUCUUUGGUUUCACCAUUAUGUUCUUCAUUAUUUUCUUGGCCUAUGCUCAGCUGGCAUACCUUGUCUUUGGCACUCAAGUUGAUGACUUCAGUACUUUCCAAGAAUGUAUCUUCACUCAGUUCCGCAUCAUUUUGGGUGAUAUCAACUUCGCAGAGAUUGAGGAAGCUAACCGAGUUUUGGGACCACUUUAUUUCACUACAUUUGUGUUCUUUAUGUUCUUCAUUCUUUUGAACAUGUUUUUGGCCAUCAUCAAUGAUACUUACUCGGAAGUGAAGUCGGAUCUGGCCCAGCAGAAGGCAGAAAUGGAACUCUCAGACCUUAUCAGAAAGGGCUACCAAAAAGCAUUGGUCAAACUAAAACUUAAAAGAAAUACUGUAGAUGACAUUUCAGAGAGUCUACGGCAAGGUGGGGGCAAGUUAAACUUUGAUGAGCUUCGACAGGACCUGAAAGGGAAAGGCCAUACGGAUGCAGAAAUUGAGGCCAUAUUCACUAAAUAUGACCAGGAUGGUGAUCAGGAACUGACGGAACGUGAGCAUCAACAGAUGAGAGAUGACUUGGAAAAAGAGAGGGAGGACCUGGACUUGGAACAUAGCUCUUUACCACGUCCCAUGAGCAGCAGAAGUUUCCCAAGAAGCCUGGAUGACUCUGAGGAGGAGGAUGACGAAGACAGUGGACAUAGCUCCAGGAGAAGGGGCAGCAUCUCCAGCGGGGUUUCCUAUGAAGAGUUCCAGGUACUGGUGAGACGUGUGGACCGCAUGGAGCACUCCAUAGGCAGCAUCGUGUCCAAGAUUGAUGCUGUCAUUGUCAAGCUUGAGAUCAUGGAGCGGGCCAAGCUGAAGAGGCGAGAGGUGUUAGGGCGGCUGCUGGAUGGGGUGGCUGAGGAUGAGAGGCUGGGUCGUGACAGUGAGAUCCACAGGGAGCAGAUGGAGCGCCUGGUACGGGAAGAGUUGGAGCGCUGGGAAUCGGACGAUGCAGCAUCCCAGACGGGUCAUGGUCUAGGCACACAAAUGGGACUCAAUGGUCAGCCUCACCCCAGAAGUUCCCGGCCUCCUUCUUCCCAGUCUGCAGAGGGCCUGGAAGGUGGAGGUGGAAAUGGAAGUGCCAAUGCCCAUGUGUAAUAAUCCACGAGUGUUUGUGUGUGUGUUCCCGAGAUCCCAAGAGGUGGGUGUCAAGUAGGACAAUGGCAGUUAUGGUAUUUAUAUGCCCGGCUACGUGAUGAUGCUGGUCUUUGUGACCAAUUGUUAUAGUUUUCUGCACUUUUAAUUUAUUUUACGUAAACUUUACCCAUGAUUCAAGGAAUAUUGUUUUACCUUUUCUCAUAUGAGAAAUCUAGAUGUAAAUACUGAGUUCAGAAGACAAAAAAAAACAAACAAAAAAACAAAAAACUGAAAGUACACCCAGCUGCUGCCCUACCCAAGUCGUCAGGAGACCGUGAAGUAGCCUUUAAAGGCUGCUCUGAGUUCAUGUCCAGCCCCCGCAGUCAGCAGUGGCAGGCCUGUACAGUGCGCUAAGGAAAACCAGACAUUUCCUUCCACUCAGAAGUAACUUGGGAGCUUACUGCAAACUUCCUUCUAAGAGAGGAGUCUUAUUUCACCAACCUUUCUGGGGUGAACUUUUCUCAAAAACGAAGUAGGAGAGAACUCCAAAGCAAAGUAUGGAUGUGUAGCCAUUGUUAAACUGUAUGAACAGUUGAGAUAGAUGUUAAGUGCUGUCCCUUUUUGCUAUUAUAUUCUGAGUUUGUGGGACUAACCAUAUCGUUUAUUUUUUGUGUUAUUUAGCUUUUGUUGGAGAUUUGGUAAGAAAAGCCAAAAAGAUAAAUUAUAGGAUAAAAUGUAGGAGAAUUGGAAAGAGCCUUAAUCUGUCACUAAACUUGACUUUUCAAUUCUUUGUUAGCAUAGAAAUUUCUCCGUUUUUCUUUCCCAUGUGUCUAAUUUACAACUGAAUCUAAUAUAAAAAUAACUAAUGAAUAAGACAAGCUUACUGAAUAUUUUAGUAUGCAGUGGAAGUUUUAUUUCAGCAAAUAUGUACAUGUGAAGCAGUAUUUUAAGGAAGUUUUGAAAUACAUAAAAGCUCUGUAAAAGUAAAGGUUUGACUUACAUUGUAUCUAGAAUGUAGUUCUCAAGUAUCCUUAAUCUUAUAUUUCAGAAUGUAAAUGUAUAAUGCAAAUUUAGUUCGGUUUCGUGUAAGGGGCCUCCAGUAUUAAGGGGUUAUCCAUUAUUGGAAGGGAUCAGCUGAAAGUUGCAUAUCAGCAAUGAUUUUCAUAAGGUGAGGGUCUUUCUAAAUUUAUGGGAGAAAUCUCAAUAUAUGUUGUUGUUGUUUUGUUGUUAAAGAUGGUCGCACUGCAUAGUCCUGGCUGUCCUGGAACUAACUUUGUAAACUAGGCUGGCCUCAGACUCACAGAGAUCCACCUGCUCUCUGCCUCUUACAUGCUGGAAUUAAGGGCAUGUGUAACCACACCAGGCUAGAACAAUUGUUUUUAGAAAGUGCUGAAUAACCUGGCCUUUUGAGUGCCAUCAGGUAGAGAACAGUUAGAAGAGAGUCCUGGGCUUUAGUGCUGUUCUUUAAAUUCUCAAGCAUUUAUUUACUUCAUAGGGUACAUCAAACCUCCAACAAACUGCUGAGCAGACAGGCCUUUCUAGCAGCUUCUACAGACGCAAAGCAUGUUGUGUUCCCUUAACGCCGAUGGCUCCAUGUCUAUCUUACUCUCUUUUAGAUAUGCUACGUUAAUUUUUUUCUUCCUGGGUAUUGAAGUUUGCAUUCCAGGGUUAUUGUGUGUAUGUAUUUAUGUAUGUGUACCAUGUUGUUACAAGUAAACAAACUUCAAUUUGAAGUGCAUUCAUUAUGUGGUAUCCAUGUGUAUCGACCAUGUGCCAUAUAUCUAUUAUGGUCACUAGAACAUCUUUUUAUGAUGCUUAUUAUUAUACUGUUUUUCAUUUAACUUGUAAAAUUUUACAGAAUUCAUUUUCUUUUUUUCCCUUUCACAUAUACGUUCAUAUAUUUUUCUACUUUGGUCCUGGGAAGGCCAAUCCUAAUCUCUUUUGCUAUUAUUCUCCUCUCUGUAAUGGGCAUAAUUUAAGAUAUCAUAUAUCCAAGGUUCCUGGACAAUCAAGAAUUUUGUAACUGUAAUAAUGUGUAUAUUACUUAAUAAAGACUUGGUACGGUAA